UGACUACCCACGAAUUCCGAGUGACGUCACCGCAACGGCGAUAACGACGGAGGCCUGCACCCAGCCAAGUCGAGCCUCCCGGGGUCCCGCUUCGACUCCUCGCGUCCACCCCGUGUCCACCCCGAGCCUCUCGUCCACCCCAAGUCUCUCGUCCUCUCGCAAUGGACGACUUUCAAUCGGGAGAGGAGGCUGCAUUUGUUGUGGACGAGGUCAGCAAUAUCAUCAAGGAGUCGGUGGAGAGUGCCAUUGGAGGUAACGCCUAUCAGCAUAACAAGGUGAACCAGUGGACGUCCACCGUGGUGGAGCAGUGCCUCAACCAGCUGGCCAAGCUCAACAAGCCCUUCAAGUACAUCGUGACGUGCGUGAUCAUGCAGAAGAAUGGCGCGGGGCUUCACACGGCUAGCUCCUGCUUCUGGGAUAACAGCACGGACGGAAGCUGCACGGUGCGAUGGGAGAACAAGUCCAUGUACUGCAUCGUGUCCGUCUUCGGCUUGGCCAUCUGAACCAUCGCCAGUGCCACAUCAUCGCCUCAUGCGCAGCCUGCUCCCCCCCCACACCGCUCACGCCGAUACGUGCCGUGCCGGGCAUCCUCGAGAUAACGUCGGCGGAUACAACGCAUCCCACACAUGAACACGUACGAAGCGGCAGACCCCCUAAAUAUUGAAAAUUAAUUCAAAUCGCACUCCCGAACCUCAAAACUGACCGGCGUCCAGGGGAAAUGUUAACUGCAUCUCCAAGCUGCUCGGAAACGUCCGCACCAGUGCAGUUCCAGUUUUGUCCCGUAGGUGAAAAUUCAUUGCUGUCGCAUUGGAUUGUGCGUCACUAGAAUUUGGCUCGUCGUUUUUCGGUGGUUUCAAUGGUGGGCUUUAUCGAUCCUCCUGCAACGAACGUGGGAAGCUGUAAAUGGGAUAAAUGGAAAUUUUUGGGUUUUGCUAAGAAAAAGUAUAUACCAGGAAACCCCAUCCCCGACUCGUCCCCCGAUAUUCUGAGGAGGCGCUGUACUUUUUUGUGCAGCAAAACUUGUACGGAACUCUGGUAGACAUCACAUCGCACCACUGCACGCCACCUGCCAUUAAGCAGACCGAGUGCUGUGGACUGCUCGUAACGCUACACGCGCACCAUGUUCACUCGCACGCAGCACAGCACAUUUGAGCACCACAGCAUGUAGAGACCACAGCCUGCACGUGAAAUAAUUCACAAUUUAACGAUGCCAGUACUGGGAUCCCAACGCGCUACAAGUAAUGAAAUUCAAUAAAAAAACGCAUCGGUUAUGAUUAAGUUUUGUCGUACCGCUCCUUCAAAUUAUUCUUGAUUUACUCGUCAGUAAAAAACUAUUCCAUGUUUUCUUGUUACUCCAGUAAAAAUUUUCAUGAUUUAUUAAAUUCGAUUCUUCCUAUCGUAGUACACAUGCAAAUUAUUAGAUAGUGCACAUGAAAAUUAUUAGAUGUUUAUAUGUCUGUAGAGUAUAUACAUACAUUCAUACCACGGCAGGUUAUUACAGACACCACAGUCAAAGGAAUAGGUUUUGUGGAAUAAAUCGAGAUUCCAAAUUGUGACCAUUGAAUAUCUGUAAUAAUGGCUUGUACAUUUUACACGCAGCGUCCACUAGAAUUCUGAAAGAAGUAACCUUUGCCGAUCAUUCAAUUGUGUUGUCCGAUUUCCUGAUGAACAAUCAAUGAAGCUUGCCCAACCCUAGUUGCAUCCUCGUACCAGUACAAGCGAUUAUCCCGACUGGUUUUAAUUGGUUGUGUUAUGAUUUGUGUGAGUUAUGUUUUCACCACCUUAAUCUAGGGCUUAGAUGACAUGGCUGUGGCAUACAACAUACUUAAUUCACCAGUGUUGAGUGACGCUAUCAAAAUGUGAGCAUAUGUGGUCAUGGUUUUAAUGGUUUUUUGUUUGUUAAAAUUUGCCUGUACAUUUUUUUUCAUGCAAAAAUAAACUUAUUUCACAUUUUAGUGACAAA